AUGGGAUCGUCACCUGAAAGAAAUGAAGGAGAGAUUCAAGUAGCGAGUCCGUCUCCGGAUUCAAUUAGAGGACCGAGACCGUCACCUAAUAUAAUUGAAGGAGAGACGUCUCCGGAUUCGUCGUCUCCGGAUUCAGUUAGAGGAACGAGAACAUCACCUGAUAGAAAUGGAGAAGAGAUUCAAGAAUUAGAGAAUUUAAUUAGAAGAACGAGACCAUCCCCUGAAAUAAUUGAGGAAGAAAUUCAAGAAGAGAGACCGCCCCCCGUUAUAAUUGAUAUAACUGAUCCAUGUGGUACACCCAAGUUAAUUACAAUGAAUCCGUGUGCCUGCAAAAUACUCGAACAUUUGCCUGUUAAAGGCGAAACUGAUGAAAUACGUAAAAAACUAAGUGUUGAAGCACGCAAAAAGCAUUUUGGACAAGUUAAAGUAUUAUGUGAAAAAAAUAUAAAUGGAACGGGGGAUUUUGUGAACGAUUAUUUAAUUUUGUCGAAAGAGACUAAAUUAGCUGAAACUUUGAUUAAAUGGAGAGAAAUUUUUGAAGGUUCGAAGAAGAUUUUGAGGGGAGUGAGGAAAACUGGAGAAUUAAAGUUGGAAUUUACACAUGAGAUAGUAAGGGUUUAUCAAAAGUUAAGCCAACGGACCUACAUGUUUUUGGGGAUUUAG